AGUGACAAUUUUAUUUAUUUGACAAAUUUGAAGCUUUUGCGGCUUUUUGCUAGUGUUUUUUGAUAUCAUAUCACAGUGUAAACAAUUUACGUUUUACAAAUGUAAGAGAUCUCCCAUUUUAAUACAAAAUGAACGCUGGAAGCUUAUACGUGUCUACUUGCCGGCUGAUAAUAUUAGCGGAUGCCGCUGACAAAAGUUCUUGGACCGAUUUAUUUCGUUUGGUCCCUUAUUUACGUCAGUCAUUGUCUUGCACAGUUUGUGGUAAUCUUCUUGUAGAACCCUGUUCUCCGAAGAACUCUAGUUGCCAGCACCAUGUUUGCAAAAAGUGCAAAGGUGGUAAAAAGAAGUUGAAACCAUCGUGCAAUUGGUGUAAAGACUAUGAAAACUAUUCCGAAAACAUGAAUUUACGAAUACUUUUGCAGUGUUAUAAGAAGUUGUGUGAAUAUUUCAUGAGUACAGAUGUAUACAAAGUUUUAUUAGAAGAGGAUGAAAUUCCUACUGGUGUAAAUGGUGGGACAGUAGCAAGUUCUGGCUUAAUCGAUUUAGUGCAGGAAGCGGCUGGUUACAAUGAUGAUUAUCAAAGUGGUGCUGCCUUAUCAAAGUCAGAAUAUAGUAUUUUACCUUGUGUUUAUACAAAUACUAUAUCAACUCAAACACAAGGAGCAUCAACAUCAAGCAGCAUGGAAGCAACAUCUAGUAAUGAACCUUCAACCUCAAAGCCAAUGUCAAACGGCACAUCACUCUAUUCUGUUAUGUAUGCUGGAACUGGCAAUAAAAUUACAAUAAAAAGAAAAGCAGUUGAAGAAUCAGAAUCGCCACCACCAGAUGAGCCUCCUCCGAAAGAGAGCAAAUCUCGUCGCGGUGAAUCAGGCUUUAAAAAACCAUCUAAUAGGUCUCGUAGUUCCGCAAGCAGCAAAAGAAAAGGUUGCCGCUGUGGUAAUGCCACCGCAACUCCGGGCAAGUUGACUUGCUGUGGCCAGAGAUGUCCCUGUUAUGUUGAAAGUAAACCCUGUACUGAAUGUAAAUGCAAGGGUUGUAGAAAUCCGCAUAGACCAGAUGGGUUAAAGGUAAGGCCACAUUUAUCUCCAGUGGACUCUUUGCAAAUGGCAUCAAGCUCCAACCCAGAUACUUCCCCAUCAUUCUCAAGCUCAAUGGACAGUAUUGACACUGACGCAAUGACUAUGGAAGAAAUGGAGGAAUCCCUCUGCUCUGAACUUAGUUCUUCUGAUACAAAAGGUUCAGUAUACUCAACCCAGUUGCCUGAAGUAUCCCCAUCUUUACCAGCCUCAAUAAUGAUGUUGGAUGAAGACCAAGACUCUGCUGAUGAUGACGAGAGUUCAGAUUACAAAUGCUCAUCGUCAAAUGAGAAUAAUGAACCCGAAGCAGUAUCACCACAAUCAGGAGACACUCAGGAUGCUUACAGUGAUGUUGAAGUGGAUGUAUGACAUGAACUUUCUAGUGAAGAUAGUCAAGAUCUGCAAGUAAGUGAGUAACCGAAAUCCAGUGCUGUACUGUUUAUCUCAGUUUGUUAUAAGUGAUUUCGUAUAUUCAGUGACAGUUUGUUAUACUGUUUUUAUUUAAGACUAGUUUUCGAUAUGCCGCAUUAAAUAUGUAUGUUAUUAUUUUUCAAUCUAUCAAAUUGUAGUGCAGGGAAAACUAUGAGAGCAGAAAUUCUCUCUGGUUUUCAUGAAUACCAAAGUUUCUCAAAACCUUUUCAGUAAUUAACCAACUAAUGUAAGAUAAUUUUUAUAACAUUAAUUCUUAACAAUAUGUAAGCUUGAUAUCUAGAAAAAAAUAAAUGUUAAAGCUUAACUAAUUAUGCAUUAAAUAGUUUAGAAACUGCGAAAUAGGGAUAAACACCGUUUGGUAGAUUAAAAAAAAAUAUUUCAUAUAGUUCCAUUGUCAUUUACAUUAAAGUAAGAUAAUGAGUAGUAUUGUAAAAUCUAGAUUGAG